UAGUCUUAACGCGGCAUUUGAACAGUUAAUAUGGAUUCGGUACGCUUACAGCUCGACUGAUGAUUCCUUUGCCAACUGACUUAGCCGUCAAUUUGUAUGCAUAUGUCAGUGUACAUACAUACAAACAGAUAUACAGUUAAAAUCUAACUGCCAACUGGAAUAUAAUAAAACAAAAAUAACCAAGUGAAGGUUGUAAAUUUACGCGCUGACUGUGUGAAACGUGUUUGCGGCUAUCCAAAAGCAAAAAUAAAAACAAAUGGGCGAUAAAGAAUCAAUGGGCGUCAACAACAAUGCGUAUGAAUUGGAUCAUACUGACCUAGGAAGAUCAAAUCCAGAAUUUAAUAAGACUGAUUAUCAAGUUGAUUAUAGCCAUGAUCACGACCUCAGUGUUGAUCGGAGAGAAACGCAAGAGAACAAUGAAAUUAAUAAAUGGAUUAAAAGAGGACUUCAUUUAAUUGUACAGAUUGCCAUCGUUGGCUAUUUUGCAUAUGCCACAUAUCAUUAUCAUGAYAUGAAUGAAUAUGACUGCAAAUAUGAUAGCUCAAUACCUUUAUGUGGCAUACGCUUUUGCACCGGCUAUGGCAUGCUCGUUUUGUUAUUGGGCUUCAUAUACCUGGCCCUGUUCUACUAUCUGAUAUUCAAGCCAAAAUUCGGAUUGUUUUUGCACAAGAACUACCUGCAUCCAGCAGCUGUCAAAUGGCAUAUUUUCCUAAGAAAGCGCGCCGUUUCCAUUGCCUGCAUUGUAUUGCUACUCGCACUGCUGGUCGUGUAUUUGGUGUUCGAGACAAAGGACGAGCCAAAGAAGCUGUACUCUUUGGUGGCACCCUGCUUCUUCAUCCUCUGCGGCUAUGUCUUCUCCACGAAACGCAGCGCAAUCCAGUGGCGCAUUGUCAUCACGGGCAUCACGUGCCAGUUUCUAUUGGGCAUCAUCUGCAUACGCUGGGAGGUGGGCCGGAAGAUCUUUGAGUGCCUGGGCAAUAAGGUGGCCACGUUCCUGGGCUAUGCCACAGAUGGUGCACGCUUUGUUUUUGGCGAUUUCCUCAUCGAAAAAGAGGUGUUCGCCUUCGCCAUACUGCCGGUGAUAUUCUUCUUCAGCUUCUUCAUAUCGGUGCUCUACUACUUGGGCGCCAUGCAAUGGGUGGUCAUUAAGCUGGGCUGGAUACUCCAGGCCAUAUUGGGCACGACUGUGUGCGAGAGCGUGACAGCUGCUGCCAACAUCUUUCUGGGCAUGUCCGAGAGUCCGCUCCUGAUCCGGCCCUACAUUCAAAAGCUGACGAAGAGCGAGAUCCACAGCAUUAUGGUAUCGGGCUUUGCCACCGUCUCUGGCACUGUGCUGGCUGCAUAUUUAUCCUUUGGCGCAUCUGCUGCGCAUCUGAUCACAUCCUCGGUCAUGGCAGCGCCAGCCACGUUGGCCAUCUCCAAGCUGUAUAUGCCCGAAACGGAAGUGAGCCAAACGUCUAGCGAUACCAUCGAGCUGGAGAAAUCCGAGGAUGCCUCCUUGCUGGAUGCCGCGUCCAGUGGCGCCUCCAAUGCCGUGCCCAUUGUCCUGGGCAUCAUUGCCAACAUUGUGGCCUUUGUUGCGUUCAUUGCCUUCCUGAACGGUCUGGUCAGUUGGCUGGGCUUGCUCAUUGGACACGAAGAGGUGGACUUUGAGUGGAUAUUCUCCAAGAUCUUCAUACCGCUCGCCUGGGCCAUGGGAGUGCCCUGGUCCGAUUGCGAUAAAAUAGCCAAAGUGGUGGCCACCAAGACCAUUAUCAACGAAUUUGUCGCUUACGAGCGUCUGGGUCUACUGAUCGAGAACCACGAAAUUAAAGCUCGCAGCGCUGGCAUCGCUACCUUUGCCAUCUGUGGCUUUGCCAAUCCCAGCUCUCUGGGCAUACUCAUUGGCUCCUUGAGUGCAAUGGCACCAAAUCGUCGUGGUAUGAUCACAUCCGUGGCUUUUCGUGCAUUUAUCGUGGGCAGCAUUGUCUGCUUCAUAUCAGCCAGUUUUGCAGGCAUCUUGUUGCAGGAGGAGGAGCAGCAGGUGGUGUACGAUAAAAUAUUUGCAAAAUUUGAACAUAGAAAUGUCACGUAUUAGCAUUAGUUAUGUAUAUAC